AUGUCUUCUGAUGCUCCCAAGACUGACAUAGACAAGCAAACGCAACACGAGGCAGAAGUGGCGGCUGUUCUGGAUGUCGAUGUGGCACCUGAAGCUGACCUCGAUGGUGACGAGUGUGGCGAUCUCGAUGCUGAGGAUUUCGAUGAUCCAUUGAUGGUCAGUGAAUAUGUUGUCGAGAUCUUCAAGUACAUGAAGCAGACCGAGGUUGAAGAAAUUGUUGCACCAUCCAUCUCGCACUUCCUUCACUGCGCGGACUCAUCCUACACUGAAUCCGAUAUCCUUCUCGCAGAGCGGUACAUCCUGAAAACAAUCGAUUGGAACUUGAGCUAUCCGAACCCAAUGCACUUCCUGUGCCGCACACGCAAAUCGGAUGAUCACAAUGGGGAAACACUGGAGUGGCAGUUGCUGGCCACGCCACCUUCCCUGCUGCUGCUGCGCCGACCUGGUUGGGACACCUCAUUCUCGGCAACAAUAAAUGGAGCGAUGGGAAGCGGGCGAGCGGGUGUCUCUUAG